UAUAUGCGCUAUAUUUUUUAUUCAAUUUUUCCUAUAUGUACACAUUUGUUUUAUACAAAAAUAUAUGUAUAACAAAAAAUAAAUAUAUUUAAUUUAUUUAGGUAGAAUUGUAAAAAUUUGAAUUUAUGACUACCCAAUUAUUACCGCUCGAAUUAAUUGACAAAUGUAUUGGUUCCAGGAUUCACAUUAUUAUGAAGACCGAGCGAGAGAUUAUUGGAACAUUGCUAGGAUUUGACGAUUUUGUCAAUAUGGUACUAGAUGAUGUGACUGAAUAUGAAAACACACCAGAAGGAAGAAGAGUUUCCAAAUUGGAUCAGAUACUUUUGAAUGGCAAUAAUAUUACUAUGUUGAUACCAGGAGGUGAAGGUCCUGAAGCCUGAAUAAUAUUAAUAUAUACAUAUUUAUAAAUAAAAUAAACUAUUUGUAUUAUCAAUAAAUUUACUUUAUAUUGGUC